AUGCCUAUCCCCACAGCCCCCCUUAUUCCUCUGUACCAGCCCGCCCCAGUAACCAGGGAAGCUCUCGAUUAUGCUGAUUUGGCUAUCAUCGACCUCCGCAACUUCGCGACUACCGCUGAAGAACGUGGAAAACUGGCAUUACAAGUACGAGAAGCCAUGUCCAGUCAGGGAUUUUUCUAUGUGAUUGGCCAUGGUUAUUCCAGUGAACAGAUGAAACGCAUGUUUGACAUCGCAGAUGUCCCGUUCUCACGAGUUAGCCAUGAUGAGAAGGAAAAAUAUCUGGCGUCGACGAAGCAAGCAGGCUCUUUCCAAGGGUAUAAGCUACGUCAAUAUUGGCACAUCGACAACGGCGUUCUUGAUCAGGUCGAAACUUACAAUAUCCAUCGCGAUGUCAGUAGUCGAGCUCAUCCGGAAGCUCUUCGACCUUUGCUUCCCGAGAUUGAUCAAUUUGCACGUCAUUCGCAUAUCAACGUACUGGGUCCCAUCUUGAGGCUAAUGGCUCUUGGAUUAGAACUUCCUGAAGAGACUCUCCUCGAUAUGCACAGGUGGGAUGGUGACUCAGAAACAUACCUUCGAUACAUGAAGUAUUUUCCCCGAAGUGCAGAAGAUGAACAGAAAACCAAGAAUGUUUGGCUGAAGGGCCAUAAUGAUAUCGGUACCAUUACGCUUCUUUACAGUCAGCCAGUUUCUGCUUUGCAGAUCUUAGCUCGUGAUGGUACAUGGAAAUGGGUUAAACACAUUGACAACGCUAUUGUCGUGAAUUCAGGGGAUGCGAUGGAUUUUCUUUCAGGGGGGUUAUAUCGUGCUACAAUUCAUAGAGUGGUACAGCCACCGCCCGAUCAGCGUCAAUACACACGUUUGGGCAUUUUCUAUUUCUGCAUGGCUGACGACGAUGUAAAGCUCGCUCCUCUCGCUGCGAGUCCGGUAUUGCAACGUCUAGGCAUAAAGCGCCGCUUUGAGAAAGACGAGGAUGCGCCAGUGAUGGCCGAAUGGCGGAAGGCCCGCACCGCGGCUUAUGGGCAAAGUAUCUUAUCGAAAUCAUCGGAGGAAACGGAUAUCGAGCAAGAGGUCAUUCAAGGUGUGGUCGUGAAGCAUUACAGUUAA